AUGUCUUCCAAGCACUUGUUGCUCUUGAUCCUCAGCUUGGUGGUUCUGGCCGCCCCAGCUCUAGCCGACUACGCCAAGCCAACUGAUGUGCUUGGCAAGCGCAAGCGCCCAACGGGAGUCCGCCCCCGUCCACCGCCACCCCCCAAGUCCCCGCCACUCAAGUCCCCACCCCCUCCCCCGCGGUCCCCGUUCCCGCCUCCGCCCCCUCCCCCAAGGUCCCUACCCCUGCCCCCACCCCCUCCCCCGCCUGACGCCCCAGCGCCAACGCCCGAGCUUUUGGAGAAGCUGUUUCCAGGCCACCACCUGCUGGCCCAUGCCCCCUUCACGCAUCACGGUCACCACCCAGCUCACGUGCCGGUCCCGCACCACGGUUACCACCACAGAGUGCCCUCACAUGCGCCGGCUCCCGCUCAUCCCUACUAA